AUUUGGUCUAAAAUGAAGGGUUGUUGCUUUAAUCUUAUCAAACUUGGAAUUAUUCUUUUGCUUAUGUGUUAUAGUUGAUUCAAAUGACAUGCAUUCAAACAAUUGUUAUGUUAUCGAUGUCUUAAAGAUAUUCAUGUAUUAUGAUGUAUGAAUUUGUGUAGGUGCACUAACUAUGAUUCUAAUGAUGUAUAAAUGACAUUUAACGAAGUUUCGAUCUGACUAUAUGUGAUCUGUAUGUUGUGAAUAUUGUACAAUGAUUUGCAUAUGCUAUUGGUUAUGAUACUUGACUUCAUAUAUAUACCUGAAAAAUAUUAGAUCUCACCUAUAUAAGUGCUCCCAAAAGCUCUAUUAAUUGGCAAUAUUACUUACUAUUAUUGUGUCUUAAAAAUAAAUUGUCAACAAAAUGGGUUUUCAAUGAGUUGUUAAACUUCUGCUUGUCUUACAUUUGUAUUUUCCUAUUGGCUCAUUUGUUUUUUUUAAAAAAGAUCCAUUGGCCUGUUCUGGUGAAAAAUGUUGUCAAUAACUUAGAGCUAUUGGAGUUAGCAAUUUCUUUAUUGAAAAACUGAAGAUCUUCUCGAAAUAGCUCUUAUUACUCUUGUUAUUAAUCAAGUGGAGUGUCAAUGGUAUGAUCAAAGAAAAGGUAAUUGUAUCUGAUGAGAGCUGAUACAUGAAAAAUGCAUUUUUUGAACUUGUCAAGUUUAUCAGUGAGCCAAAAUUGUGUUGUUGUUGUAGUUAUAACUUAUUGUUCAUUACAGCUGCAUAUAACUAUGGCUAUACUAUUAUUGAUGUAGUUAGCUUUCUCCUAUAGCUGGCCCUAAAUAUUUUUGCUAUCGUGGAGUAGUCGAUUGAUAAAUAUAGUAAUAAAAUUUUAUGUUUUCGAAGUCGAAACUGAACUUCUCAGCUGGUUCGAGCCCACUGGUCUUCCUUUUUUCCUACUAGCACCAUGGUAACUAUGGUAACUGGUGUGAAGUAUAGGAAGUUGAUUUUUUUGGCAUGUGUAUCUUAUUUCCAUAAUUGCUUUGAUUUUAGCCACCAAGAUUAAGCAUCUAACUUUAAUGAUAUUCAUUCUGUUUUGCAGAUUUAGAAAUAUGUAUGUGGGAUAAAAAUUUAUGUAAUUAUCUAGACUGAUCUGUUGAUAUUUUCUUGCUUUAUCCCAUGUUUUAAUUUGUGUGAUUCUAAUAUUGUUCUUGAGCGUGUUCAGUUUCCUCGACUUUUGUAAGUGUAACUUAAAAGUUGUAGCGAUUUCAUAGAAAAGCUAGCUAUACAAAUUAUCAGAUUUCUGAUAAUAUAUAAACGCCCCAAAAAAUGUGUGGGCAGAGUUAUAUAAAUUGAAAAGGUCUUCUUAGUUCGACAACUAGGAAACAAAGAUAAACUAAAAAGGCGUCGUCGAGCUGACAGUAUAAUUUUGUCACCUUCAGAAGAGGCUGACCUCUUUCCUGUGGCAAUCCUAAGAUUGAAAAAUGAUAGAAGGAACUUUAUGUGUCCUAUAUAUCGUCAUCACUAACCAUUUCCCUCAUCUUUUCAUUUCUUGAUCGGUCGCUUAAGCACAUAGCCAUCUUGUUCGUCCUCAUAUCUCUCUCUAUAAAUGCCUUUGCUAUAUUUUUCUUUUUCAUGGAUUGAUUGACUUAUUUUCAGCAUAGUAAGAUUGAUUAUCUUUUUAAAUAACUUGAAACUAAAUCAUAAGAUUUGUUAAAUUUUCAAUGAUUGUAUGGUUCCUAAUUUGUAUUGACCUGUGGUCUCAAUUCUGUCAAAGUCAGACAAACUAUGGAUCACACAAAUGUUGUUUGCCUAAAGCACUGCUUCUAUUCAACUACGAGUACAAAUGAACUUUUUCUCAAUUUAGUCAUGGAAUAUGUUCCAGAAACUAUGUAUAGAGUGCUAAAGCAUUACAGCAAUAUGAACCAGAGAAUGCCACUCAUCUAUGUUAAGCUUUACACCUAUCAAGUAUUUAGAGGGCUAGCUUACAUGCAUACUGUUGCUGGCGUAUGCCAUAGGGACUUGAAGCCUCAGAAUGUUUUGGUAGACCCUCUUACUCACCAAGUAAAGAUUUGUGAUUUUGGAAGCGCAAAAGUGCUGGUUAAAGGAGAAGCAAACAUCUCAUACAUCUGCUCGUGGUUUUAUCGGGCUCCUGAACUCAUAUUUGGUACAACAGAGUAUACUACUUCAAUUGAUAUCUGGUCAGCUGGCUGUGUCCUUGCUGAGCUUCUUCUUGGCCAGCCAUUGUUCCCUGAAGAAAAUGUUGUGGACCAGCUUGUUGAGAUAAUCAAGGUGUUGUGUGAUAAAUUCUUGUUUACUGAUGCAAAUAUUGUAGCAGGUACUUUUUACCAGGGUGAUAAGCGAUAAAAAUGUACCACUACAUAGAUGAUACACAUUCAAUGUAAAUAAAGUAGCGAGGAACUUAUUUUAUGCAUUUAGCUCAGAAAAUUUGUUUAAUGUUGGGCCCGUACUUGUACGGGCCAUCUCUACCUAGUAGUAGUAGAAAUGAAAUAAAAAUGCAAUUAAAAUAAAAAGAAGUAAGAAUAAAGAUAAAUCUAAAUG